UAUAACAUUAAAAAAAUCACAACAAGAUAGCACCGAAAGCACAUACGCGCAUCAACAAACAAAAAAUUAUUUUACUCCAAGUCAAUUUUAUGAUCAAAAACGUCAAUUAAUUCGCACGGGAACUUCAAUAAUUCGAAAUUAUGUAUCAAACGCAAGCUAGCUUGAAAAAGAAAGCCCAGGGCGGUAAGAUUGAUCGCGGAGAGUUCAUUUAUCAACUGACAUCGGAGUUCUAUUCGACCAGACAUCCAGAAGUUCAAGGACAAACAUCGGCUAACUUGGCAAACUUGUCGUACGAUCCAAUAAACUUCGAUUACCUCCAACAAUACUGCGUUCACGACAUAUUUUUGGAGCUAAUCAUCACAGAGCAUACACAUUUGAUACUGCACGGAAUAGCCGGUCUAUGCAAUCUUUCGUUAGACGAUCGAUUCCAUGACUUUAUCAUCGCAAAUAACGGAAUUUCGUUGAUAAAGAAACUGCUGACGAACCAGGACGAUUCGAUCAAAAUCAAUGCACUUGCAUGUCUGCUAUUCUUAUGUACCCGGCCAAACAGUAAAUGGAUGAUUUGCUCAGCGAGUACGAGGGCUCUGAUUGAAAACCUUUGCUUAUCAGAAAACGUGUGCCUAUCGAAUUUGGCUACCUACUUCGUCACCGACCAAUUUAUGGACAAUGAUAUUGUCGAUCCUCCGUCGUACCCAGUCACAAGUACUGCGAGCUCCGGCAGCCUUAUAUCGAAUUGAUCGAAAUGUAAAUUCCAAAGUUCAAAUCUUCAAAACAAUUACGCAGAAAGAAGUCGAUGACUUUACACAACUAACGAACGACCACAAUCCCAUACACAAGUCAACCGAUACGAAUUCAUCUCCAAUCGUUCAUGGAGCUUUUGUAAAUAGUUUGGUAGCGGGUGUUAUUGGCACGUACAUGCCUGGUCCAGGUACUAUUGUUGUGUCCCAGUCAUUUUCUUUUCCACGCAAAUGUGUGGUCGAUAAAGAAAUUGAAAUUAACGUCGAAGUGGUGGAACGACGGAAAAUUAUGAAAGUCGUCUACGACUGUAAGCAGGAGGGAAAGGUUGUGUUUGAGGGUACGGCAAGACUUGUUGCUGCGUAAUUGUUUUGAGGAAAUUGAUUUUUUUUCUGUGUUCUUUUUUCAUGAAAAUAAACUUAGUUCUUAA